UAAAAGAGGUUGGAAGUGUAUUUAUAUAUUUCUAGAAUUUCAUUUAUAAAGGCUCCAUGUCGUUAGCGGACGAACUUUUAGCGGAUCUAGAAGAAAAUGAUGACUCUGACGAAGCUAUGGAAGAACCGGAGCCGGAUUUCAUUCCGGCUUCGGUUUCAAAAACUAUCGAGGAAGAAAUAAAGGUGGCUUCUGUGAGGGAAUUAGCAAAAUUGCGUGACUCGGAACUAUUGCGAAAAGUAAUGUCUCAUAUCGAAAAAUACAGUAAAGUUUUUAGGAGGUCUGUAGAUAUUAUUGGACCCGUUGAGUCAGAUCCAGAAUAUCAGCUUAUUGUGGAAGCCAAUAACAUGGCUGUGGAUAUUGAUGAUGAAAUCGCUACAAUACAUAGAUUCACAAGGGAUAAAUAUUCUAAAAGAUUUCCAGAACUAGAGUCUUUAGUCGUUGGUCCCUUGGAAUACGUAAUGACUGUUAGAGAAUUAGGAAAUGAUUUAGACAGAGCAAAGAACAAUGAAACAUUACAGCAAUUUCUUACUCAGGCGACAAUUAUGGUAGUUUCCGUUACUGCAUCAACAACUCAAGGACAGCUACUAACAGAACAAGAAAAGGAAGCUAUCUGUGAAGCUUGCGAUAUGGCAGUAGAAUUGAAUAAUUGUAAAUUAAAAAUAUUUGAAUAUGUAGAAAGUAGAAUGGCAUUUAUUGCACCAAACCUGUCCGUGAUAGUCGGUGCAUCCACAGCAGCAAAAAUUAUGGGUGUCGCAGGAGGUCUAACUAAAUUAUCAAAAAUGCCAGCUUGUAAUAUUCUAGUUUUGGGAUCGCAAAAAGCAACAUUAUCUGGGUUUUCACAAGUGGCGACACUUCCUCAUACUGGUUUCAUAUAUUACUCUGAUAUAGUACAAGAUACGCCGCCUGAUUUAAGACGAAAAGCAGCAAGACUUGUAGCAGCUAAGAGUAUGUUAGCUGCUCGUGUUGAUGCUUGUCAUGAAAGUACAGAUGGUCACAUUGGUCAAAUGUUUCGUGAGGAAAUUGAAAAGAAGCUGGAUAAGCUUCAAGAACCUCCGCCUGUAAAAUUUGUGAAACCUUUACCAAAGCCUAUUGACCCAGGCCGAAAGAAGCGCGGUGGUAAACGUGUCAGAAAAAUGAAAGAACGUUAUGCCAUUACGGAAUUUAGAAAACAUGCGAAUAGAAUGAAUUUCGCUGAUAUUGAAAACGAUGCUUAUCAAGAAGAUCUUGGUUAUACGCGUGGAACAAUUGGUAAAGCAGGAACUGGCCGUAUUAGAUUACCUCAAAUUGAUGAAAAAACAAAAGUACGGAUAUCAAAAACACUUCAGAAAAAUUUACAGAAACAACAACAGUGGGGUGGAAGUACGACAGUUAAGAAACAAGUUUCUGGUACAGCAUCCAGUGUUGCAUUCACGCCACUGCAGGGCUUGGAAAUUGUAAAUCCGCAAGCGGCAGAAAAGAAAGUAAAUGAAGCCAACGCGAAAUAUUUCUCGAACACAGCAGGUUUCUUGAAAGUAAAAAAGUAAAAUGCAAAUUACAAAGAAG